UAUAUAAUAUGAGUAAUAUCGUAAAUUUAUCUGCAAUCACCAAUAACACCUCGAGUGUCAUAAAAUUAACUGUAAUAUCGGGAUAGCGACAUUUUUCCAAAAAAUUCAGCACAGUGGUAGUACGUAUUUUUGAUUAGGGUUUGAGCCAUAAUAGAUACAUAGGUAAGGUACUAUUGUGUGUAAGGGAUGAGGUUAAAUCGACAAAACUGCGAAAAUGUUUAAGUGCAUAAAUUACCGUAAACCGAGAAAGAUAUGCAAAUUAAGUGGACAUUCGAUGUGACUCAUCCUCUGUUAUUAAAAAAGUACCGUGCUUUAAACUAAUCAGGAAGCCACAUGAUAACUAUAAGCGAUUAAGAAUUCGGAAAUGCUUCUAUCAAAACAUAGUGUGAUUGUCAACUGCAGUGCGAACAAAUAAACUCAAAAUGGAAUAUUCCACAGAAAUGGUACAGAGCGACUAUUCUUUUGAUUUUGAAUCAACCACCCAGCAGAUACUCGCCCGUACGAUUCCAGGUGAAAAUCAAACGCCUACAAGUCAUAAAGCUCCAUUGAUACUCUACGAUGUGCUAAUUCCGACGCUGGGGACUUUGAUAAUUCUUCUCAAUUUUGCCGUGGUUUUGUCAAGCGGAUUAAUUUUGAAGAGAGGUCAACAGCCAAGGUCAACGUAUAUGUUUUUGGGAAAUGUGGCACUCACCGAUAUGGUUACAGGGGUGGCAGUUAUAUUUGGUCAAGUUUUUCCAAAGCAAUAUCGCAAUCACUACGUAUGUGCGACUCAAUUAGGUAUGAUUGUUUCAAGUACUUUGGCAUCAGUAUAUUCAGUUGGUCUAAUUGCGAUUGAUCGCUAUUUAUACAUACUUCAUGGGCUCCAGUAUCAAAUAUGGGUGUAUCCAACGAGAGUUAAAGUAUUCAUUCUAACAUCUUGGUUUGUUGGUUGUGUGAUUGGUUUCCUUCCGUUAAUGGGGUGGUAUGGCGAUACAGACAACGGAAGAGUGUGCUGGUUUAUAUUGAUGGCACCUAAAGAACUCAUUUUACUGACGGUCGUAAUAGGCAUAAUUCCUCUCGUAACAGUUAUAGUGUUGUACUCCAUAAUUCUCUAUCGCGCUUUAAAAAAGAUUGUACAAUUAAGCGAGACCGACGCGGAAACUGAAGCUAAAGUGGCAGGUCAAAGUCUGCGAAUAUUUCGCGGUAAGGGUACCGUUUCCGAAGACCCAAUUUUGGAUCAAACACAGUCAGCAAAGCAGAGCAAAAUCCCCAAACCGCCCAGCAAAUGGAAGGCGAUUAAGGUAGUCGUUUUCACAACGAGUAGCUUUAUCAUUACGUGGUGUCCAUAUUUCGUCGCAAGCUUAUGGUACGCGUAUGAAUGUUACGAUGUACAAACUGCUCGCUGCAAAACGUUGAGAAUUUUGGUAGCCAGUCCUCUCGCGAUAUUGGGUUUUGUGAAUAGCUUGGUUAAUCCGGUUAUAUACGCAUGGUGGCAUAAGGGUUUUAGAAAGUUUGUAAAGAGGAAGUUCAAUCGACUCCGAAUGAUCAGGAGAGAAACUCGAGAAAUCACUUCUACUGCACGAACAGGGGCGACGAAUAGAUCGGUGCUUGGCAGUAAAUCGUCUUCUUCAAGUAACGUAUCUUCCAUGCCGACUGCAUCGUACACUACAACUGUAUCUGAGACAAUGGAUUGAUACCGAUAACUACGCCAUCUACCUACAUCUAUUUUAUAAAUAGGGAAACAGAAUAAUUGUGGCAAUCUUAUUAUUUAUAUUAAAAAUAAUAAUAAUAUGCUUUAUUUUUUUCAGAUCAGUAAUGAUAUAAAUAGUAACAAUAGUUUGUAAUUACCUACAUAUUUAAGAAAUCUUUGUAAAAUUUAAGGUGAUAAAAAUUAUAAAUUUUUGUUUAAAAUAAUAACGUUGAGAGGUAUAAUUUCGAUAAUA